AAAAUUAUCCGUACAGAGAUCACCUACGGCACAGUACUUUUGGUUUGCUCUUUCCUCUUUUAUUUUUGAUUCGCCUAUAAACACCCGCACAUCCUCCUUUCAUUUUCUCCAACUUUGAAACCGCCAUGAAAAUAAAAGCUUCGCUUUCAGCUUAACAAGAAGGAAAACAAAUAUAUAUACCAAAACCCAGAUACUAAAAGCAAAAUCUCCUCAAACCCAGAAAAAUGGCGCCGGCGACAAUGGCGGAGAUGUGGACCACGAUGGGUUCCACCCUAGCCAGCUUCAUGUUCAUCUGGGCAAUCGUUCGCCAGUACUGCCCGUACGAAAUCCAACGAUUCCUUGAGAAAUGUAGUCACCGAGUCAUGGGCUACUUCUACCCUUACAUCAAAAUCUCGUUCCACGAGUUCACCGGCGACCGACUCAAGCGGAGCGAGGCUUAUUCCGCCAUUGAAGCUUACCUGAGCUCCAACACAUCCAAAAGCGCCAAGCGACUGAAGGCGGAGAUGGGAAAAGAAAGCACUAGCCUCGUGCUGAGUAUGGACGAGUACGAGCGAGUCACGGACGAGUUCAAGGGAGCUAAGGUUUGGUGGGUGUUGAGCAAAACGGUGUCUCCGAUGAGGACAGUAAUGUCUAUGUCGUAUUAUCCAGAACAGGAGAAGCGUUUCUACAAGGUGAGCUUUCACAAAAGGUACAGAGAUAUAAUUACUGACUCUUAUUUGGAGCAUGUGAUCAGAGAAGGUAAAGAGAUUAGGGUCAAAAAUAGACAAAGGAAGCUUUAUACUAAUAGUCCUGGUUAUAAAUGGCCAAGUUAUAAGCAAACUAUGUGGAGUCAUAUUGUGUUUGAGCACCCUGCAACUUUUGAGAGCAUGGCAUUGGAGCCAGAGAAGAAGAAGGAGAUUAUUGACGAUCUGCUGACUUUUAGUCAAAGCAAAGAUUUCUAUGCUAGGAUUGGGAAGGCUUGGAAAAGAGGGUUUUUGCUUUAUGGUCCUCCUGGGACAGGGAAGUCAACUAUGAUUGCUGCCAUGGCCAAUUUGUUGAAUUAUGAUGUCUAUGAUCUUGAGUUGACUGCUGUGAAGGAUAACACUGAGCUUAGGAAGCUUUUGAUUGAGACUACUAGUAAGUCUAUAAUAGUGAUUGAGGAUAUUGAUUGUUCUCUUGAUCUUACUGGUCAGAGAAAGAAGAAAGAUGAGAAGGUUUCAGGGGAAGAUGAGAUCAAGUUGGGAAGUAAAGAAGCUAAUAAGGAUCAAGAAGGGAAUAAUAAUAAUAACAAUGGUGGUAAUAGUAAUAGUAGUAGUAAAGUUACUCUUUCUGGGCUUUUGAAUUUCAUUGAUGGACUUUGGUCAGCUUGUGGGGGUGAGAGGUUGGUUGUUUUUACUACUAAUUAUGUAGAGAAGUUGGACCCAGCUUUGAUAAGGAGGGGUAGGAUGGACAAGCAUAUUGAGCUUUCUUAUUGUAGCUUUGAAGGGUUCAAAGUUCUUGCUAAGAACUAUUUGAAACUUGAAAACCAUCAAUUGUUUGAUAAAAUUCAGAGUUUGAUUAGUGAAACAAAGAUUACUCCAGCUGAUGUUGCUGAGAAUCUCAUGCCAAAAUCGCCAACUGAUGAUCCCAAGAGAUGUCUUUGUUACUUGAUUCAAGCUCUUGAGGAGGCCAAGGAAGAAGAGGAAAUUGCAGCCACAGAAGAAGCUAAGAAGAGAGCUCAGGAGGAUUUGAAAGAAAGUGAAGCAAUCAAGGAAGAAGAGGCACAAGCUCAAUUGAAGGGUAGUAAACACAUUGAGUAACCAGGGUAACAUACUAAGAAUUUAAGGCUUCUUGUAUGUAAUGUAGAGGAAUAGUCUUAUUAUUAAGAGAAUUUUCUUAGAGUUGGUCAUCUAUGGUACUUUGCUAUGGAAACGGAUAUGUUUUGUUAUUAAUCUUGAAUAUCCUUAUAACUAGAAUAAAAUAAUUCUCUUCGUACUA